UAGAUAUGAUAUCAUAGUAGAUAUGAUUAUAAUUUUUAUACUUUAUUAAAAAGAAUUAUAUAUUAGAUAUAUGUAAUUUAUAAAAUUCUUAUUAUAUUAACAUUUAGUAAUUCAUUUAAAAUUGUAAUAUGAUAAUAAUGAAUUUUAUACAUUAAAAAUGUGUGAAAAAAAUCAUAAACCGAAAAUAAUUGUCUUUGAUUUAGAUUAUACUUUAUGGCCAUUUUGGAUUGAUACUCAUGUUAAUCCUCCUUUUAAAAAGAAAGGCAAUGAUGUAAUAGAUUCUCAUGGUCAAAUUAUAAAAUAUUAUAAAGAAGUACCCGAUGUUUUAAAAUAUUUAUAUGAAGAAGGAUAUGAACUUGGUAUUGCAUCUCGUACUUCAGAAAUACAAGGUGCUAAACAAUUAUUAAAUUUAUUUAACUGGGAUAAUUAUUUCAAAUAUAAAGAAAUUUAUCCAGGAAGUAAAGUAACUCAUUUCUCUAGGAUUCAAAAAAUAUCAGAAACUGAUUAUAAAGAUAUGAUAUUUUUUGAUGACGAAUAUAGAAAUAUUAAGGAUAUAGAAAAACUUGGUGUUACUUGUAUAUAUGUUAAAAAUGGUGUAAAUUAUACACUUGUAGAAAAUAGUCUUAAAAAUUUUUGAUAUUUAUAAUUUUUUAAUUAAAUCUAUGUAGAAAAUAAAAUUUUAUUUUUAACUUGUAUUGCAUUAGAUUUAAGGAAAAUAAAUAUUAAAAAUAUUUAUUAUUU